AUGAACGCCCUCGUCUACAAUGGCCCCAACGCCGGCGUCUCCCUCACCACGCGCCCCAAACCCACCGCCAGCGCCGCCACCGACGCCGUCGUCAAAGUCACCCACUCGACCAUCUGCGGCACCGACCUGCACAUCAUCAAAGGCGACGUGCCCACGUGCGCGCCCGGCACCAUCCUCGGCCACGAGGGCGUCGGCGUCAUCGAGUCGACGGGCGCCGGCGUGUCCGCCUUCAAGCCCGGCGACCCCGUGCUGAUCUCGUGCAUCUCGGCCUGCGGCGCGUGUGCGUACUGCCGGCGCGGCAUGCCCUCGCACUGCGCGUCGGGCGGCUGGAUCCUGGGCAACUCGAUCGACGGCACGCAGGCCGAGUACGUGCGCAUCCCGUUUGCGGAGAACAGCCUGUACAAGAUCCCGCCGGGCGUCGAGCCGGCGACGAUGGUCAUGCUGUCGGACAUCCUGCCGACGGGGUUCGAGUGCGGCGUGCUGAAUGGGAAGGUCGAGCCCGGCGCCAGCGUCGUGGUGGUGGGCGCGGGGCCGGUGGGGCUGGCGGCCUUGUUGACGGCGCAGCUGUAUUCACCCGGGAUUCUGAUUGUGAUUGACCCGGAUGAGAAUCGGUUGGCGGUUGCGAGGGCGUUUGGCGCGGAGUUCACGGGCACGCCGGGCCAGGCGGAGGAAUUGGUGAGGGAGGUUACCGAGGGGAAGGGGUGCGAUACCGUGAUUGAGGCUGUGGGGAUCCCGGCGACGUUUACGCAGUGUCAGGAGCUGGUUGCGCCGGGGGGCGUGAUUGCGAAUGUGGGCGUGCAUGGGGUGAAGGCGGAUCUGCACUUGGAGAAGUUGUGGGAUCGGAACGUUUCGAUUACGACCCGGUUGGUCGAUGCGGUGACGACGCCUAUGCUGCUGAAGCUUCUGGCGGCGAAGAAGCUGCCCGCGGACAAGCUGAUUACGCAUACGUUCCCGUUCAAGGACAUGGAGAAGGCGUAUGGCACGUUCCAGGCGGCGGCGGAGAAUAAGGCGCUCAAGGUUAUCAUUGAUAUGUAA